AUGGCACCCAAGAAGAGAGCCCCCGUCUACGUGCUCGGCGUGGGCAUGACCAAGUUCAUCAAGCCCCGUGGCAAGGUCGACUACACCGAGUUGGGGUUCGAGGCCGGCGUUAAGGCCAUGCUUGACGCGCAGAUCAGCUACGACGAUGUUGAGCAAGGCUUUGCAUGCUACUGCUAUGGCGACUCAACCUGUGGGCAGAGAGUGUUCUACCAGUUCGGCAUGACGCAGAUCCCCAUUGUCAAUGUCAACAACAACUGCUCGACCGGCUCGACCGGCUUGGCUCUCGGCAGGAACGCCGUUGCGCACGGGGCUGCGGACUGCGUCCUGGUUGUCGGUUUCGAGAAGAUGAUGCGAGGAAGUCUUCAGAGUUUCUUCAACGACAGAGAAAACCCCACGGGAACCACGGCGAAGAUGAUGGCCGAGACCAGAGGUGUAACAAACGCCCCGGGCGCUGCUCAGAUGUUCGGCAAUGCUGGGCGGGAGUACAUGGAGAAGUACGGAGCCAAGCCCGAGGACUUUGCUGAGAUCGGCAGAAUCAACCACGAGCACUCCGGAAGGAACCCCUACUCGCAGUUCCAGGAUGUCUACACUUUGGACCAGAUCCUGAAGGCGCCCAUGAUCCAUGAGCCUCUCACCAAAUUGCAAUGCUGCCCCACGUCCGACGGUGGUGCCGCCGCAGUCCUGGUCUCUCAAGACUUCUUGGACGCAAGACCUCAUCUCAAGGACCAAGCCAUUCUGAUUGCUGGCCAAUGCCUGGCCACUGAUGCACCAAGCCUGUUUUCCAAGAGCUCCAUCGACUUGAUGGGCUACGAAAUGACUCAGUACGCCGCAAAGACUGCGAUGGCUGAAGCUGGUGUCAAGCCGUCAGAGUUCCAGGUCUGCGAGCUCCACGACUGCUUCUCAGCCAACGAGAUGAUCACCAUUGACGCCCUUGGUCUUUGCGAGAAGGGCAAGGCUCAUGAGAUGGUCCGGAACGGCGACAUCACGUACGGUGGCAAGAUGGUCAUCAACCCGUCUGGUGGUCUCAUCUCCAAGGGACAUCCUCUUGGCGCGACUGGCAUUGCCCAAUGUGCCGAACUUGUCUGGCAUUUGAGGGGUUGGGCCAACAACAGAGCCAUCCCCCACACCAAGUACGCCCUUCAACACAACCUGGGUCUCGGUGGCGCUGUCGUCGUCACCGUCUACUCUCGACCGAACAAGGACGAGGCGCCCAAGAUCGACUCCGCCACUGUCGGCAAAAUCAACAAGCUGGGUUACAACCCGGCCGUGGAGGCAAAGGGCUUCACUGCUGCCCAGGCGGCGGCCGUUCGAAGCAAGUCCCGGUCGAGUGCCUGGGCGCUGCAAGACACCGAGCAGAAGGUGGAGGCUCGGUUUUAA